CCACCAUUGUUUCAGGAAUUCACACAGAGCAUUUCCACUUUUCCAGCACCAUGUUUCAGGGCACAUAGCAGCAACACAUGAGCCGUAUGAAUGGUGACAGUCAGCAACUACACGCGAUUUGUUCGUUCACACUUCCAGCGUUUUCACGGUUUGUUCUGCGCUGUAGUGACAAGUUUGGCACUUGUUAUGUUUUAACUGUAGAUCGUUCAGGAAUAUAACGUGUGGACACUGCUGCAAGUCGAUAAAGUGUGCGUGGGGGUGGUAUAUGGAUGUGCGAUUUUCCUUCUCCCUCGUCGGGGGGUCUAAUUUCUCACAGUGAUCGUUGGAAGCUUUGAGAGAAUUUACGCACCAGCUCGUCUUCAUCCACGGCCACAGAUCGGGACAUUGUGGUUUCAGUGCAAGGUUGGGAUGGCAGAGGAAAUCCUGAACGAUUCCCUCCCAGAUUUAAACGAGCUGGAAAGUAAGAUUGGGAGGAAAACGCCAGAAAGUCUUCUGAUCUGGAUGAGAGAUGCAGCCGACUACGAAGACGGCUGGAGGUCUGAUGUCCUGAACAGAGAAGACCACAACUCCGCCUUCUGCGAUAGCUUAUCUGACAAAAUCAACAACUUAAAACAAGAGAUGAGGUGGCUCCGCUCUGCUGAUGUGAGGAUUCUGCGGCAGCUGGUGGCUGUGCAUGAAGGCAUUGAGGCCAUGCGCUGGCUGAUGGAGGACAGGGGCACUUUAACCAGUCGAGGCAGCAGCUUAACGGGAAGCCUAAGCAGCCUGGUGACUUUGGAUGAGCACGGGCCUUCGAUGUCUCCCUGCAGAGAAAGUCCAAGUCCAGCCUUUCCUCAGGAUUUGAAUGAGACCACCAGUGAGAAACCAGCAGAUCAAGGACCAUCUCACACUGAUUGUAGUGAUUCAAGCCGCUUUGAAAUGUUGACAUCAGAUUCAAGCAAAGCAAAAACUCCAAGUCCAUCCUCAUCCAAGUUUACAGCCAGUCAUUCAUCACAUGAAAGUCAUGGUCAGAAACAAGUUACUUCUGCCAGUAGUUUGGUUAGUGCCAAUGACCUAAGGUCAGAAAAACAGGACUUGAAUGCAGCUCAGCUGCAAAACAUCAAAAGUGGUGCUGAAACCAUCAGAAGAGCUCUGCAAAGAUCCAGCAGACGGAGAGAACUUAGAUUUGAUUCUGGUAGUUUUGCUCCUGGUAGAGAAUCAGGAGAAAAAAGCAAAGAGCCGCCAACUCAGCAAAGCUUAUCAGCAUCUCAGAGUAACACAGCGGAGGGGAAAAAGAGUUCAUCCAUUGAAGAGACAGUGUUGCCAGGCUAUGAUGCUCAGUGGUGCUGGGUUGAGUCACAGGAUGAUGUGACAUUUUUAUGAUCUUUUGUAAUAACAACUUAGAUUAAUAAACUUUAAAUUAAAGCCACUCCGAUCAACAGUAGACUAUCAGUGAUACAGAAGAAUUUAACUGAGCACUUUGAAACCCUGUGGUGGGAUAAGAUUGGUGGUAACUGAUUUAUGUGACAGGUCUGUCAAAGAUGUUGUUGAUGAUGUGUUUGACAGUUUUGUUUGUAUAUUUUAGGAGUCACAAAAGAAAAUUAAUGAAAAGAUUUUAAAGUAAUGCAAACUACAAAAUCUGAAGAGAAUGAAGUUAUAUGAUGCAUGUUACAUUUUUAUUUUAUUGACUUUAAAUAUCAAGUUCUUUUUUGUUUUUGUUUUUUUUUGU